CCCAGGAGGAGGGCGGGCGCGCUGGGGGCUGCGGGGCCAGAUUAGAACCGCCUUCCUGCGCGCUCUCCGCUCUCCCCGCCUCGCUCUUACACACACGCCCCCAAACUCCACCCCCAGGCGCCUCUGGGCCACUGCGAGGCUGGGCUGCUCCAGGAAGUUCCCAUGAAAGCACCUGAAAUAAGUUACCUUUCCCAGGUGAGUGCAGGCGAGCGACCGCCUCCUGAGCGCGGCCAAGAACGAGGGCUCCGCUGAGAGGAGGGACCUUGAGCCGGUCUCCGACCGACCGACCGACCCGGGUGGCCGGGCCUCCUUCCUGAUGGCUCCCCCCGGCGGCCCCCACGGCGACUGCUCCCACGUCAUCGAUCACAGCCACAUCCCCGAAUUCGAGGUGGCCCUCUGGAUCAAAAUCACCCUCAUCCUGGUGAACCUGUUCAUCUUCGCGCUGGGCAUCCUGGGCAACAGCGUCACCAUCCGCGCCACCCAGGUGCUGCAGAGGAAGGGCUACCUGCAGAAAGAGGUGACGGACCACAUGGUGAGCCUGGCCUGCUCCGACAUCCUGGUCUUCCUCAUCGGCAUGCCCAUGGAGUUCUACAGCAUCAUCUGGAACCCGCUGACCACGCCGGGCUACGCGCUGUCCUGCAAGCUGCACAACUUCCUCUUCGAGACCUGCAGCUACGCCACGCUGCUGCACGUGCUCACGCUCAGCUUCGAGCGCUACGUGGCCAUCUGCCACCCCUUCCGCUACAAGGCCGUGUCCGGGCCCUGCCAGGUGAAGCUGCUCAUCGGCUUCGUCUGGGUCACCUCCACCCUGGUGGCCCUGCCGCUGCUCUUUGCCAUGGGCGUGGAGUACCCGCUGCUGCACGUGCACAGCCACCGGGGCCUCUCUUGCAACCGCACGCUCACGCGCCACCACGAGCGGCCUGAGACCUCCAACAUGUCCAUCUGCACCAACCUCUCCAGCCGCUGGACCGUGUUCCAGUCCAGCAUCUUCGGCGCCUUCGUGGUCUACCUCGUGGUCCUGGUCGCCGUGGCCUUCAUGUGCUGGAACAUGAUGCAGGUGCUGAGGCGGAGCCGGCAGGGCACGCUGGCCGCCGAGGGGCAGCAGGCGCGGCUGCGCAAGUCGGAGAGCGAGGAGAGCAGAGCGGCCAGGAGGCAGACCAUCCUCUUCCUGAGGCAGGGAAAUGACUGGCGACAGGAAAAUGAAAUAAAGCAGGACUUUGACAAGGAAGGUGCUACCUAGAUGGGGCUGGUGGUGUUGCUGCCUCCUAGGACCAGCCUUUCUGGAAGUAAGUGGGUAACUUUGGCGACUUGGAAGGGCACCCAACCCAACUCAGUCUCUUUCACCCACUCACUGCUGCCCCAAAUAUUCUAGGAUGGAAUGAGCAUUACAUUUGCCUAAAGCUUGAACAUCUGUUGAAAGGCUAGUUCUCCCUUCCCUCAAACACCCUUAGGA